AUGGAGCAAUUCAACACUGAGAUGGACAAGCUCAGGAAGGAGUACAAUUAUCAUCUUGUGGAAUGGUUUUCCAACCUCAGGAAUAUCCUGACUCUGGAGAAAUUCUCUUUGAGUCCUAAGGUGGUGGCUCUGACAGCUGAGAUGGCUGACAUCAAGGUGAAGCUCAGGUGCUCUCAGGAACAGUUUGUGGACAUGCUGCAGAAGUACUACACUCAGCAGUUGGUUCAGCUUGAGGAUCCUGAUGCUGUGCCUGAUUGGGUGAUGCUCAGUUUCAGGAAUGAACUCAGUCAGAUCUUCAAAGACUUCAAGGGUUACCCAAAGAUCACUCAGGGGCAAUGGAUUAGGAUUCUCAAGACAGCUCUUCAGGAUGCUCAGGUGCCUGACAAGGUUUUGUGGACUCAGAAGGGUGGCCAAGGGCGCUACCAGCUUCAGCCCAAUGAUCCACCUCAGGAACACAAUGGCUGGUCUCAGGAAGUGGUUCAAAGAUAUUACACUGAGGGGCUCAGAAUGGACCCAUUGCCUUGGGGUGCAUUUGUAGCUCCUCAGUUCAGACAAGCUCAGUUCAAGCCUCCUGAGCCUGAUCCACCAGCUGGAUUCUCAGCAGCAACUGCUUCUUCAUCAACAGGGAAGGGCUCAGGCAGACCUCAUCAGCCCUUCAAUGUGCUAGAUGCUGCUUUAUCAAAUAUGCAGAGAAGCUCAGUUUGGAAGCCUCAGCCUAUCAGGACUGCCAAUGAUGCUCAGGGCUAUGUCAAGUCUGAGCUCCAAAAGCUGAACAUCAAUGAGAUUGACAAGCUCCUGGACGACUCAGAAUCAGAUCAGAAGCUCAGUGACUUGGACAAUGUACCUGACCUGAUUGAGGACAUGAAGUCCAAGAUUCUUCUACUUGAGCAGGCACUUGAAUCUCAGGAGCUCACAAUGCUUAGGCUCAGGAAAGAUGCUAAGAACAUGGAAGAGGAGCAAGGUGAGCUCAGGGCUUUGCAUGCUGAGCUUCAACUCUCAGUGAAAAGAUCUCAGUCCUACUGGGAGCAGAAGCUGUCUCAGGAUCUUGUGAAUAAGGACGGAGAGGUGGCUCAGGGAUGCAAAGGCUGGAAGGCUGGAAGGAAUGGCACCAUCAACAGAAAGGCGAAACCCGCAGUUGUGGCUUUGGCUCGGCUCAAAUCGUUCAGAAAGGAUGGCUCGGAUUUCACCAAGCAUCUACCCGCUGGGGAGUUGCGACAGGCUUUUGCACCGGUGCCUGGCUCCGGAGUGGUGGCUCUGACAGCUGAGAUGGCUGACAUCAAGGUGAAGCUCAGGUGCUCUCAGGAACAGUUUGUGGACAUGCUGCAGAAGUACUACACUCAGCAGUUGGUUCAGCUUGAGGAUCCUGAUGCUGUGCCUGAUUGGGUGAUGCUCAGUUUCAGGAAUGAACUCAGUCAGAUCUUCAAAGACUUCAAGGGUUACCCAAAGAUCACUCAGGGGCAAUGGAUUAGGAUUCUCAAGACAGCUCUUCAGGAUGCUCAGGAUAUGGAAAAGGAGUUGAAUGCACAGCCUGACCAUGAGGUGAUGGAGGUGGCUAAGGUGCCUGACAAGGUUUUGUGGACUCAGAAGGGUGGCCAAGGGCGCUACCAGCUUCAGCCCAAUGAUCCACCUCAGGAACACAAUGGCUGGUCUCAGGAAGUGGUUCAAAGAUAUUACACUGAGGUGCUCAGAAUGGACCCAUUGCCUUGGGGUGCAUUUGUAGCUCCUCAGUUCAGACAAGCUCAGUUCAAGCCUCCUGAGCCUGAUCCACCAGCUGGAUUCUCAGCAGCAACUGCUUCUUCAUCAACAGGGAAGGGCUCAGGCAGACCUCAUCAGCCCUUCAAUGUGCUAGAUGCUGCUUUAUCAAAUAUGCAGAGAAGCUCAGUUUGGAAGCCUCAGCCUAUCAGGACUGCCAAUGAUGCUCAGGGCUAUGUCAAGUCUGAGCUCCAAAAGCUGAACAUCAAUGAGAUUGACAAGCUCCUGGACAGCUCAGAAUCAGAUCAGAAGCUCAGUGACUUGGACAAUGUACCUGACCUGAUUGAGGACAUGAAGUCCAAGAUUCUUCUACUUGAGCAGGCACUUGAAUCUCAGGAGCUCACAAUGCUUAGGCUCAGGAAAGAUGCUAAGAACAUGGAAGAGGAGCAAGGUGAGCUCAGGGCUUUGCAUGCUGAGCUUCAACUCUCAGUGAAAAGAUCUCAGUCCUACUGGGAGCAGAAGCUGUCUCAGGAUCUUGUGAAUAAGGACGCUCUGAGAAAGUUCAUGGAAACUCAUCAAAUGAGUGAACUAGAUCUCAGGCAGCUGAUGCAAAAGUCUCCUCAGAUUGAUCACAAGCCUCAGGACUCAGUGAAGGAAGUUGUGGAUGUAUAA